AUGAAAACCAACAGUGUUCAUUCAAUCAUUGUUGAUAAAUAACCUAAAUACUCUCAUAUCUUGAAUGGCUAACUCUUCAGUGGUUAUCGAGUCCGUGGAAAGGAUCACUCCAAAAAACUCUCUAAUUAACUAAGCCCAUCAGAUGAUUAAAAAUUAUCAAACAAUUUAUCAACAUCUUAAAGUUAUGUGAAUGCUAUGAAAGCAUUACAAGACAAAAUCAAAUCCCUAGAAAAUGAAAACCAAAAUCUACAAGCCUAGAUUGUAUGAAUAUACAACAUAUCCUCAUAGAAUUCUCAUGAACUUAUUAAAUCAAGCGAGAUUAAGGAAAGAGAAGUGAGUUCCUAUGGCAGAUUAAGUGAGAACCAAUUAAUUAAAGAUGUUGAGUCAAAGUUAGCUGAGACGGAGAUUGAAAGAGACUCAAUGAAAGAAGAAUACGAAUAAAAAAUUUAAUAAUUACAACAAAAUUUAAUUAGCAUCGCUUUAUAAUCGGACUAAAAAUAUAGAGAAUAAUAAGAAACUAUACAGUAGUUGUAAUUCAUUUAUCUAUUCACUCUUAGGUCAGACUAGUUGGAAUUGCAAUUAGAAAGCAAUUAAAACUAUAGAAAUAAAAUUAACUCUCAAAACCUAGCAAUUUAGUAAGAGAAAUAAGUAAGCAUUCGAAUUAUGUAAAUAGAAUAAUAGCAAUCUCGAAUACAUUUUAGAUUAGGAGAGGAGGGAUGGCAAAUGUUUAAUAGAAAAGAAUGAGCGUUUGUUGGACGAAGUCAGUAAAUUAAAAGAGCAACUAUUUGAAAUACGCACUUAUAUGAAUUGUUAUACAACAUAAUAUGAUGAAGCGAAAAUCUAGAGUAUGAAUCACUUUUAUGGGUAGGAUUGCAAGAAGAAACUACUAAAUAGCAAACUUAGAUCUCAGAAUUAACUGGAUAGGUGUAAUAAUAUAAGGAGCUUAAUUUAAAGUUGAAAUUACAGUUGGAACAUUAAAAGUAUGAAUUGGAAAAGUCAGAGUUAAAAAGAGUUAAGAAAUUAUCAGAGUCUAAUAUCUAGAUUGAUUUACUGAAGCAAUAACUGAUUAAUUUGUCUUCCAACUCCAUAAUUCACACGUAAAGUCCUAGAGACACAUCGAAAAGGAGUAAAUUGAGUACGAAUAUCUUUAACAACAAGACCCAAAGUGUAAGGAAUUAUAGAAAACUCAAUAAUGAUAGCAAUAAAAAGUUAUUAGAUUAACCUCGCAAUUCCAUGUUUAACAUCUAAUAAGAAUUAUUUAAACAGCCACAAAAUGAUUUAUAGAGUAGUGUGUUGAGCAGAUAGAAGACUUAUGAAUAGAAUUUCCUUACUCAGUAGAAGAGUGGCGAUAGGUAUAAUAAUGGGAAUUCAGCAGAUGAACGCGUUUAAACAGAUUAAUUGAGUGCCAAUAAGCAAUAGAAAUACUUCCAAGCCUAAUCAAGAAUCCAUCAUUUAAAUGAAUAAUUGAAAAUACUUAAUAUGCAAUACGAGGACACUGAAAAUGAGAUCUAAUAAUUGAUUGAUCUAAAGAUAAAAUAGGAGAGAAGGUAAUCACUGCUUCAGAUAAUAAAUUAAAUAUAAGAAAUUAAUAAAGAACUUAAUGAUCUUGUAACCAUUUCCAAACUUGCUUAGCAAUAGUGA